AUGGUUAUCACUUCCCCUCUACAGGAUAUUAAAGCUACAAUUAGUUGUUCAGAGUGGCUUUGUAUUGUUGGUGGAUCAAGCACUGGAGAGCAACGGAAAUCAACGGCAGAAGAGCUUCUUGAUAAAGAGAUUCCUCUGAAGUUUGUGGAGCCUGGUGGAAAUUCUGAUGGUCUCAAAGGCAGUGAUAUAGACCCAUGUCUAUUAUUUCAUUAUGGGAUCCCAUCGGGGUGUAACAUGUUGGCUUAUGAUCCCAUUCAAAAAAUACUUGCAUGUUCAUUUGUAUCUAUCACUCUCAAGGAUGGCAGAAUUAAAUUAUCUGGCAAAGAUAACACUCAAGCUCUGCUUGAGUCUGUCAAUGCAAUACCAAGCAAGUUUUUACAGUUUGUGGAGAACCAAGGCAUACUUGUAAAUGUGAAUUCCAAGAACCAUAUUGAGGCAAGUUUGAUCCACUAUGCUUAUAAUCUCUGA